GUUCGGAUCAAGCUGGCUACCAGCUAGCAAGAGAUGAAGCCAUCACUGCUCUCACAAAACUCGAAAAACUAAUCUAAAGCACCACAACAUAACAGCACGCCAAAAAAGCAAGUGGUACUGCAAAAGAGCAAUGGGAUCACAAAACUCAGUACUGAGCGCCUUCACAGAAUCACAUCAUGGAGCAACUUUCAAGUUCCGGGGCGAUCGGGCGAAGUCUCGUUCCAAACCAAGACCAAUCUACCACCUCGGCAACGGCAAACAUCAGAACCAUCGAGAGGAUAAGAGAGUGCUCACACAAGGCCCGUCUAUUGCUAGUAGAAAGUGUCGUUCACGUAUGCAACUAAAGCGUCGUCGUCGGAACACAUCUGCUGCCUCGACCACGGGAGGGAUGUUUCUGAAAGACCCGAGAACCAAGGAAACAAUUGCUGUCUUGCAAGUCAGCGGCUUAUGCUUUCAAAUCUUCUGCCCGAAACCUUGCUUUGCGGCUCAGGAAGCUUCGUCCGCCAGAUCUCUGCAUGGGCAGCCUCUCUACGAAUGGGGGAGAGUUGAACGCCUCAAAGGCGGGAGCUAUGCACUGUACAUGGCUGCAGCACCAGAAGUUCCUACCCUCUUUGUGCACCAUCCCAACACGAAUGGCUCCAUCAAAGUGCAACGGGGCAAACAGACAUGCGCUCACGUCAUGAAACGACGACGAGAUAGCAGUGGCCUGGCGGGGGACUCCUCAGGUUUGAAAAUCGAAACGGGCGAAGAUAUUGAUGCCUCACUCAUCAUCUGUUUUCUCGCGUGCAUCGACGAGAUCGAUCGCCGAUACCGUGCAUUCCUCGCGGCAGCAGCAGCCAACAUUUUCUAGCAAGCAGUCUCUGGGUUCGUCUGCCGUACCGUACGCUACUCCUUGUUGCAAUGUGCAUACAUGCAAAUGUAAAAGUAACAUUACAGAAUUACAACUAUAGGCGGCUACAAAUUGUG